UGAAGGUAAAAAGCGUGACCCGGAAAUAGUCUAUAACUUGCUUUCCCGUGUUGGAAGUGUUAGUAAAGCAAAUUCACGUUUUAUUUUCGUGGUGUUUUAGUCGAAAUAGGGAAAAUGAACCGAAAAGAUGAUUAUGAUUCAUAUGAGAUUGAAGAGCCAAGUGACGAGGAAGGAGCCGCAAGCAGUUCUGAGGAUGAGCUGGAUAUUCUCCUCAACGGGACCCCGGAUCAGAAGAAGAAGCUGAUCAGAGAGUAUCUGACAGGGGAGAGCGAGUCCUCCAGUGGAGAUGAGUUUGAGAAGGAGAUGGAGGCAGAGCUCAGCAGCACCAUGAAGAGCCUGGAGUGCAGCUGGGCAGCAUCUUCAACGCAAGUUGUAGGUCAAACAUCUGGGACCAGUGACAGCGCUUCCACAGCAAACAAACCACCGAUUCAGGAGUAUGACAGCAUUUACUUUGACUCCGACUCUGAUGAAGAUGACAAAGCUGGCAGCUCUCAGGGUCUGAGGAGGAAGCAGCGCUCUAUACUCACAAAUGAUGAGCUGUUAUACGACCCAGAUGAGGAUGAUCGGGACCAGGCUUGGGUGGAUGCAAAAAGAAAAUCAUACAGACAUCAGAGACGAUUGCCCCCGUCAGCAAACAGAAAAAACAAAGCCCAGGCUCUUCCAAGCAGUGAUGCCGUCCUCAACUGUCCCGCCUGUAUGACCACCCUGUGCCUGGACUGUCAGAGGCAUGAGAAAUACCGGACACAGUACAGAGCAAUGUUUGUGAUGAACUGCACUGUCAACAAAGAGGAAGUGCUGCGCUAUAAAACCACCAAUAAGAGAAAGGAGAAGCGGCACAGAAAGAAAGCCCGUCAGGAGUCCACAUCCACAUCAGCAGAGGCUGAAAUGGAGUCAGAUGCUGGUCUGACUGAUGCACGUUUGGCAGGAAUGAAUGAAGAAGAGAUUUAUCACCCGGUCAAGUGCACAGAAUGCUCCACUGAAGUGGCUGUGUAUGAUAAAGAUGAGGUGUACCAUUUCUUCAACACGCUAGCAAGUUACUGCUAAGGACAUUUACUUUCGUCCCGUGUGAGACAUAAGGCCACAUUUACUGGACUGGAUAUCCCAAACCACAGAUUUUGUUUGGUUUGAUGUAGUGCAUCACCAGGCAACUUUACUGUAAAGCGAUUAUAGAGAAAGAUAUCAUUUUUUUGCGGGUAAAUGUGGUUAGACGUGAUUUUAUUUAUAGGGUUUUUAUUUGAUUUAUAUGUUGUAAAUUGUAAACACUUCAUGUAAACUACAUUUCAUAUUUCCAUAAAAGUUGUUCUAUUGCACCCUUUUAUUAAGUUGUAUUUUUAUACACAGUAGAGGGCAUGAAAUUGGUUCAAAUUAAACAGAAGUUAAAUAUAUGACUUGAACAUGUUUUUAAUCUUUUUACAUGGCUGAAGAAGCAUUUAGGUAAGCAUUCAAAUAAAUGUUUUUAUCUUGAUUAUAUGGAAAAUUAAAUUCCUAAAAAUAUGACGGCAUCUUAUAUAUAUAUAAAAAAAGGUUUACCUUUUCACGGGUGCGUGUUAACUCGCUCUCUUUUAUGUGUGUAUGGAGACUUUUAUUUUGUUACUCUGUAAACAUUUUUUUUCCAGCACACGACUUUAAUUUUGUUACGAUCUGGACCGGAAGGGAGCGGUGGGACCAAUACGAGCCGAGUGAGAACAUGGCGUUAGGAGAUGCCUGGAAACAAUUAUCGUGGUUUUAUUACCAAUAUUUGCUCGUAACAGCUCUGUAUAUGUUGGAGCCUUGGGAGAGAACUAUCUUCAGUAUCCUUUUUCCAUAAAAUAUAGAGUUUUAUAUGUGUAAUGGACAAAAUUUGAGGAGAGUUCUUACCUCUACGCAAGAAUAGUUUCCUUAAUAAGAAUACCAGAUUCUCUCCUGAUCACAGUGGCAGCUAUGGCCGUAUACACUGGUUAUGUGUUCAUGCCCCAACACAUAAUGGCGAUAUUACACUAUUUUGAAGUGGUCCAAUGACGUAAUCUCCAGUAAUCAUCAGGAUGCUCGCCACCUCCCCCUGGUGGCCGGAAAACGAACUGCUCUAGAACUGUUCACCACGAUGUGAUGUCUGUGAUUACUUCAAACAAGGACUUGUGUGUGUUGGAGACCAACAUUGAGGAGUGUGAUAAAGGCGUGUGUAAUUAUGUGUGUGUGGCCGUGUAGCCUCAUAUAAGAGCACAGUCUGCAACUGCAAAAGCACACACUGCCCUGUCUAUAAAUGUACCCUUUUAUAUGUAUAUUGACUUUUUUUUUUUAAAGCUUUAGUUCUGUUUCAUGGCAAUGGUUUAUUCAGAUAACUAUUUUUUAUAUAAAUGUGUAUAUUUAAUUGUAUACAUGUUUGUAAAGUUUCAUAGAGAUUUAUUUUGGCUGAACUUAAAUGUUUUGGUUUGCCAUCGAGGACUGAUUAAUUAUUGAUACUGUCACCAACGGAAAUCUAUUUUUAUCAGACCCUUGCGAGUCAUGCGAUUAAAUCAUUACCUACACUGAUGUAUGAUGUCAUUGUUGACACUUUACAACUGGUCGCUCAGGUUAUAAACCGGAGAGGGGGAAACGCUUAAAUAAAUCCUUUCUUUAAUUGA